AUGGAGGGGGAGGAUAGUUUUGUGGCUCUGGUCCACUACUCUGGAAAAAUUCAAAAGAGCAAAAGGCAUGGUGUGAAAUUCACGGAUAGAGAACCGCUUAGUAUUUUUAUCCGAUCUUCGAGUACGUUGGCAGAUAUUAAGCUCAGCAUAUUAUGGAAGCUCGGUGCGUGUGAGACGAAGUGGGUAAAAAAGUUGUUUUACAAGAUUUCCAUUGCAGUUGUGCCAACUGGUGUGAGAUAUGAGACCUUUGAGAUAGGGUCGGAUGAAGACCUGCAGGUUUUGUUUCACUGCAGGUGUAGUUUUUCGGAGGUGAGUAUACCUGAGCUGUUUGCGAAAUUGGAAGAUGGUGUCGACAGCUCUGGGACAUCGGCACUGAAUCCUCAGUCGACCACGGUCGGUGGUGCCUCAACAUCGAUGCCUGUGGUAGCAACUGCAGUUCUAAUUCCUAAGCCCCAACGUGCCGGGGCUGUUCAUGCUACUCCGGUCGAUAUUGGUGGGGACAGUGAUGAUGAUAUUCCAAGAAGUACAUCUACAGCACAUGGAGGUUCCGGUUCUGGAACACAAGAGUACCCUCCGCACCUGUCGUCCUUGAACUUGGAAGCCAUCGGCCAACAUCGGAAUGUAGAGGCAACCUUCGUGGGACAGGGUAUGCAUGAUGGGAAUCCUUUGACGGAAUUCCAGAUUGGCCAAUGGUUCCAGAGUAAGGAGAAAGUCGUGCUGAGUGUAAAAGAUUACAACAUUCGGCGUGGAGUUGAGUAUAGAGUUAUGGAGUCAGACAAUCUGAAAUACCAGGGGAGAUGCAAGGAGUUUGGUAAUAGGUGCACGUGGUUGAUUCGUAUAGUCAUGCGAAAGAGGAAGAUCACAUAG